AUGUCACCCGAACAGAUCGGCCAGUCGACGGGAUUGUGUGUCGCACCAGCGCUGUUCUUCGACAUUUGCCAAUUGGAAAGUGGCAGUGGCAACGUCGGCGUCGCCAAAGCAGACUUUACUGCAGAACAAAUCAUUUCUCAGUUAGCUCCACGAAUUUGUCAAAAAUAUUUAAACAUGGGUAAACAAACGAUGAUACAAAUGCAUUGUGAGCCUCGACAAAAUAUCGUUGAAAAUGCAGAAUUAGCAUGUCUCAAGGAUAUUGAAGAAACAGGCAAUAAACAUCCCGACCUAAAUCAGAAAAUACGAGAAAUUCAUCGAAUAUUUUUUGCACCCGAACAGCGGAUUAUCGAUACCGACAUCCAUGGUAUCGAUCUCGCAAGUAUCGAAAAUUUUCUGGCCUUUAUCGAAAGUAUCCAUAAUUUUUAG